AUGGACAGGCAACUCGCAGCCUCAAUCCAGUCACACGACUCGGAUUCUUUCUACGAAGCGGAAGAUGGGACCGCGAACGACAAAAGCCAAGUGCCGAAUGUGAGAGUCAUCGACCUCCCAGAUCCGGCCCGGCCUUCUCCCACUGCAGCGCCGCCUCAUCACAGUGGUGCACCGCCGAUUUCGAUGAUGCCAUAUAUGAAUAAUCAGACGGCGACACCGGAUCAGCCGUAUGCCGGUGAGAGUCUGCCGGCGGCGGCACCGGAAGUAGCUCCGACAGAAGUGCCUCCAGAUGUAGUUGCGCUUCAGCCACCGCCGGCGGUACAUGCCUCGGAUUCACAGCUUCACCCUUCAUGGUUGGGGGAUUUGCCGCGACCAGAACAUACGGAGCGGCGGCGAUCGUCGCACUUUAUCCCGCACGAUUUGAGAAGGUCUCUUUCUAGAGUGUCAUUAUACCAACCAGGAACACCUCGACCACAAGGGCCACAUACAAACCUCCGCAUGAGUAGGCAAGAUUUUGAGUCUGGGCCAUGGGGUUAUGAGGGACAGCGGGGCGGUAUGGAAUUUCCUGAGACGGCAGGCAUUGAGAUUGAUGAAACAAACCCAAGUAAGGAGGCCGGUGAAUCAUCAUCUCCAGGUGAUGGAGAAGCAAAAUAUGAAGAGGAAACGAAACAUAUUAUUGUCAAAUGGGAUGGCAAAGACGACCGCGAACAUGUACUUAAUUUGAAUUUUUAUUAUCGGUGUUAUCUCACUCUGUUAGCUGGUUCACUGACUUUAUGCACGGCCUUUGCUUCGUCGGUGCCGUCUGGUAUCGUGACUGAAAUGAUUGUUGAAUUCAACACCUCGCUUAACGUCGUUAAGGCAUCCGUGUUCUUGUUUGUGGGGAGCUUUUGUGUUGCACCAUUGCUUUGGGCACCGCUUUCGGAAAUGUUUGGUCGAAAGAUCAUCUUUAUCAUCUCAUUUGCUGGCUUCACGGCGUUCAAUAUAGGUUGCGCCUUCGCUCCCAACAUUGCAGCGAUGAUUGUCAUGCGCAUAUUAGCGGGUGCAUUUGGUUCAAGUUCCAUGUCAAAUGCCCCCUCUAUGAUUGCGACAUUGUUUCCGCUCAAGUACCUUAUGAUAGGUAUCGUCUUUUUUGCUCUUGCCCCGAUUGCAGGACCAUGCGUUGGUCCUAUUGUAAGCGGAUAUAUUUCAGUGUCAAAUGGGCACUUUAUGAAGAAAGCUCUUGGAAUGGGAUUAAGCCAGGCAGCUGCUCAAGAUUAUGCUAAUGAUCAUGCUAAUUGGCGAUGGGUGUUCCGAGUGUGUGCAAUCUUAUCAGGUGUCCUACUGCUUUUGGUCAUAUUCACGAUGCCAGAAACAUUGGAUGGUAAGCGUCUACAGAUGAAGGCAAGGCGACUUCGACAAGAGACAGGUGACGAUCGCUAUGUCGCGCCGAUUGAGCUGCGAAAGAUCAAUUGGCUCCAACUUGCCGGAAAGACUGUUGGCAAACCGGUCAAAAUGUUGUUCACCGAGCCCAUGCUUAUGCUUGUCACCAUUUACAUUUCGUUCAUCUAUGGUGUAUUGUAUCUUCUAUUUGUGGCUUACCCUAUUGUGUUUAUUCGGGACCAUAACAUGAACAAUGGUGAAGAAGGCUUGGCAUUUUUGGGCUUCUUUUGUGGUUGCGCUUUGUCUGCAGCGUACUGUCUUUUUGUGGAUCAGCCAAGGUAUGUCAAGAGUAUGGAAAAAUUGAAAGUCCCUCUUCUUUCUCCUGAGCGACGACUUGAGACAUGCAUGAUUGGAUCACCGUGUCUAGUUAUCGCUUUGUUCUGGUUCGCAUGGACCGCUUUCCCCUCUAUUUCUGCAUGGAGUACGAUUGUGGCUGGUGGAGUGUUUGGUAUUGGUCUAUUCUUUAUUUUCCUCAGUCUUAUGACGUACGUCACAGAGGUUUACCUGAUGAAUUCUGCAAGUGCUAUUGCGGCCAAUACGGUUGUCCGUUCAGCCUUCGGUGCAGGGUUCCCUAUGUUUGGUCAACAGAUGUAUGAAAAAUUGAACCCCAGGUGGGCUACAACAGUUCUUGCUUUUAUUGCUCUUGUCAUGAUGCCAAUUCCAUUCGUGUUCUACAAGUUUGGAUCUAAGCUUCGUGCGAUGUCGAAGAAUGCGCGCGGCUAG